CGGUAAAGUGCGAAGACUCAACAACAUAUCUGUAAUGAACGUCAACAGCACUUUGAGUAUUUUUUUCUGUUUAAUCUUUGUGAUUGAAUCCAGAGAUCUGCCUAAAUAUUUCCCAAACUGCCACAGAUAUGACCCGAAAAUCAAUGAGUGUUUGGUCAAAGCUACUGAACAAGUGAAACCCUUUUUGGCAAAGGGAGUUCCCGAAUUGAGUAUGCCUCCUCUAGAGCCAUUUAUUAUCCCGGAAGUGGUAUUAGAACAAGGAACCAGUGCACUGAACUUCAAAGCGACGUUGACGAAUGUGACAAUACACGGAAUUACUAAUUAUAAGUUCAGCAGAUUUGAAUUUGAUGUACCAAAUAUGCAAUUUUUCUGUGAUGCCGACCUAGGUGAAAUGAUUAUCAAGGGAAAUUAUACAGUCAAUGGAAAAAUUUUGAUUGCACCAAUAGUUGGUUCAGGUACCUUCGUUGCAUCAAUAGACAAUUGUAAUGCAACAGUUUAUCAAAAAGUUGAGGUACGAAAGAAAAAAGGCGUAGAUUACAUUUUUCCAGUUCACACGAAUAGUUCGAUCUAUGUUGGAGGUCCAAAGGUGAAUCUCAAUGGACUAUUCGAUGGAAAUCCUGAACUGAAUAAUGUCACAAACAAGGUGAUCAGCGACAAUAUCGACGAGCUUUUCGAAGAUAUCAGACCAGUAAUAGACAAAGUUUUAACAAACAUCUUGGAGGAUUUCCUAUUGAAGGCCGUGGAAGGGCAAGUGCCCUUCGAUAAAUUAUACCCUCCCAUACCCUGAGGGAUUCUGAUAAUGCCGAACUGUUAUUAUAGUGUUAUUAUAGACUGAUAUAUUUUUUAGAGAAUAGAAACAAAUAAAAUAAAUAAAACAUUCGUAUUCAAUGAGAAAAGCACAAAGCACAUCUUCUCGACAAAACAUCAAAUAUGGAACAUAUUUUUUUCAAUCGCUUGGAGCGCACGAAAGGACAUAUGCAAUGUCCAUCUUCAGCCUAUGCUUUGUGAAUUAUUAUGCCUCAUCGUCCUCCAUAAUUUGACAUUCCAUGUUUGGG